AUGAGUAAAGCAAAAAAAAGUGGGCAUCCUUUAUCUGAAUUUGUGAAAAUUUAUCCUAAAAAGCCUAAUAGUUUUAAUCAUCUAUAUCGAUGCAUUUACUGUAUUGCUAUACUUGGAGAAGAAUAUUCUGACAAUCAAAAAUUUACAAAUACUGCUAAAUGUGUAAAAUCAUAUUUAAAACAAUCAACAAAUGCAGAAAGUUUAUUUAAAAAAUCUAACUCAAUUUUAACAAAAAAUACAAUUGUUUCAAAUAAAAUUAAACUAUUGGAUCAAUUUAUUGCUUCAUUUCAUGCAAGUGAAAACCUUGAAUUACAAGCUGUAUUUACCUUUUUAAAUCCAAAUAUUAAACUUUCUACUUGUCAAAAUCUUGCAAGAACAAUUUUGAAUAAUGCAGCAUCAUGUGUUCAAGAUGAAUUAAUUGAAAAAGCUACUAAAGAAGAUGUUAUAAUUACACUAUUAAUGGAUAGUUGA